AUGGCGGUGGACAAUCAGCCUAUUGGAGACAGCCUCAUUACUCAUCAUACGGUCCCAAUCACAGCCAUGGAAGAAUACAUUGAGGAAGCAAUGGCAGCAGGAUUUAUCUGUCCCUCCACCUGGCAAGAUGUGCUCUCUGACCUGAUCUGCAACAUGACCUUGAACGUUAACAUCCUGGACUUUCAUGAAACGGCAGAUGGCAUGGGCCAUCUGCUUUGUGGCACAGAGGUGACAACAAUCUGUGGCCUGGCAGACCUCAUUGAUGAGCUCCUUCCUGCAGAUGAGUUCCUUUAUCAGGCAAGCCACAAGAACACACUGUCAGGAACAGCUGGACAGUUCCCUGCCAGGACUGCUCAGCAUCCCAGGUGGAGGAUGCUUCCAUCCCGCCUCUUGCACAUGUCGGAUGUCACCAUAUCCCCAGGACCUGGGGCACUGCUGCGGACUGUAUUCAAGUACUACCUCUCGCCUUGCGUCUCCCCUCUAUGUUGGACUACACCUCCCACUUACCCCUGGGGCAUCCUUCAGCUAUACUGGAGGCGCUUCAGGAGCCGUGCCUUAGAGGGGGGACUAUGUCAGGAACAGCUGGACUGGAGGGGGUGCUGGCAGACAGCUGCAGAGACAUUCUGCAGACACAGUCAAAGAGAUCUACAGUCUGAAUCACUGUUGUUCAUGGGGUGCCAACUUCUGCUCUGUCUGGCUGCCCUGCUUUUAAGAAGUGGGGUGGCAACAGGACAAACUACACUUAUGGAGACAACAAUGGGUGGGGUGGCAACAGGACAAACUACACUUAUGGAGACAACAAUGGUUCAAGAUUCGCCUUUAUUUUACGAUGGACCUGGAGCAAUUUCCCUUUCCCUUGGUGAUGGAGCUUAUGAAACAAUUCAGCUGGAACAACCUUUUAAGUAUGCUGGAAAAGCAUACUCUCAACUCUAUCUUAACAUUGAUGGUUAUCUGGCUUUCUUCGUUCCAAAUAUCAAUGACGAAUUACCCAAUUCACAACUUGGCAAAGACCUCAUCGCACCACUGUGGACUGAUCUCGAUUUUUAUGUUGGAGUUAAGAAAUAUGAGCAGGCCACAAGCGGACCUCUUAUAGAUCAAGCAAAUCAAGAAAUUAACAGGAUGUUCCCUGAUGUUUACUUUUCCGCUCGCUGGGUCUUUGUAGCCACCUGGGAAAAUGUACCAAUUGAAUUUUCCUAUUCUGAGAUUACAACAUUUCAAGUCGUCUUGGCCUCAGAUGGUGGACACCUCUCUUUCAUCCUGAUGAACUAUGAGACCAUUCCUUCUAUUUCCCCUGGCUACUGGCUGGCUGGCUAUGGCAUGGAGAACAGCAAUUUUGUCACCAUUCCAGUAAACAAUGCCUAUGAGCUGUCUUCGACUAGUAAUGUCAAUAUCCCUGGACGCUGGGCUUUUCAAUUUACAGAUACAACACCUCCACCACCAGUGCCAUCAACAACACCAAGUUCACCGUUGUUUUACGAUGGACCUGGAGCAAUUUCCCUCUCCCUCGGUGAUGGAGCUUAUGAAACGAUUCAGCUGGAACAACCAUUUAAGUACGCUGGAAAAGCAUACUCUCAACUCUAUCUUAACAUUGAUGGUUAUCUGGCUUUCUUCGUUCCAAAUAUCAAUGACGAAUUACCCAAUUCACAACUUGGCAAAGACCUCAUCGCACCACUGUGGACUGAUCUCGAUUUUUAUGUUGGAGUUAAGAAAUAUGAGCAGGCCACAAGCGGACCUCUUAUAGAUCAAGCAAAUCAAGAAAUUAACAGGAUGUUCCCUGAUGUUUACUUUUCCGCUCGCUGGGUCUUUGUAGCCACCUGGGAAAAUGUACCAAUUGAAUUUUCCUAUUCUGAGAUUACAACAUUUCAAGUCGUCUUGGCCUCAGAUGGUGGACACCUCUCUUUCAUCCUGAUGAACUAUGAGACCAUUCCUUCUAUUUCCCCUGGCUACUGGCUGGCUGGCUAUGGCAUGGAGAACAGCAAUUUUGUCACCAUUCCAGUAAACAAUGCCUAUGAGCUGUCUUCGACUAGUAAUGUCAAUAUCCCUGGACGGUGGGCUUUUCAAUUUAUAGCACCCUGCCAAAUCCUGAACUGUGCUUCAGAUGAAGUCUGUAGGCAGAUAAAUGGAGUUUAUGGCUGUGCCUGUGGGUACAUUACAACGAGCAGCCCGAAUAUUUAUGAUGCCAUUGAAACCUGCUCAGGCAGUAAUGGAUCACUGUCUCUGUCUCGCUGUCAGCUCUUUGAAGCCGGAUAUUCUCCAGAUGUUCUCCACCUUAAUGACCCAAACUGCAAAGGGGAGAUCCAAAACAACAGACUGGUCUUCAAAUUUGACAGUAAUGUCAACAUGUGUGGCACAACUCUGGAGAAUAAUGCCACACACAUCAUCUUCAAGAACAAUGCUGUGACGAAUAACAGGACAGGUUUGAUCAGUCGCACUGGAGGGCUCAACAUUACCAUUUCCUGUGUGUAUCCAAUCAUCCAGAGCAUCUCCAUGCCCACGGACAUCAAAGCCACAGGAGGUAUAAUCAGCAAGGAACUGUCCAACGAGGGCACAUACCAGAUCCGCAUGAUACCAUAUACUGAUGCUACAUUCUUGGUUCAGUACACUGGCAGUGUGACACUACAAGUGAACCAUCAGAUGUAUAUAGCAGUGGAAGUGGAUCAGUUUGACAGCACUCAGAUCGCUCUUGUGCUGGACAAUUGCUGGGCCACACCAGUCAACCAGACUGACUAUUCUGUCCGCUGGGACCUGAUUGUUAACGAGUGUCCAAACCCCAAUGAUGGCACGGUGUCCGUGUUGCAAAACGGUGUCUCCACAUCCAGCCACUUCUCUUUCAGGAUGUUCACAUUCACUGACUUCUCCACCAAGAUCUACCUGCACUGCCAGGUCCACCUCUGUUUGCAGAAGACAGGCAACUGUGCACUGAACUGCCCUCUAGAACUUACCAGAAGACGCAGAUCUGUAGAUUUCUUAGACUCAGCUGCCAUUUCUAUGGAAUUCUGAUUUGUUUGCUUGAAACUUGUAGUGCUAUCAUUUUUAAAAAAUUUCAUUUUAUUUUUAUUUUUUAGCUUUCAAGUUUCUAUGUUUAUACUUUAACUUUAGACCAUAUUGUAAGCGACUGUACUCAUCUGUAAUGCUUUAAUCAGUUCUAAUAAAUCUUUCAAGCAUUUUAA